GCCGCCACCCCGAUGAUUCCCCACUAGCAGGGUCGUGGGUCCCUCUGCUUGCGGUCCGUCAGCCACGCCUGAAUCCACCCCACCUUCUUCCGGCCAGGAUCCCACGGUGGAGGACCGGAGCGUCCUCCCCACGGCAGCCUCACCAGAGCUCUGUUUGUGCCUGGCCCACCGUUCCCUCUGGAGUGUCACGGUGCGGGCACAACUCGAACGCGGCUCUCCCAGGUUCCCGUCCAACCCUCCGACCCAACAAGCACCCUCUGCAGCUCUCCUGUGCCGGGCCUGAUCCAGGUGCGCCACCUCGCCUCACAAGAAAGCUGCUUCAAGUGGGGGUCUCAGUGGCGCCUGGUGUCCUGCCACCUGCCGGCUCUCGGCAGCGGUGCUCAGUGCGGGGAGGCUGACGAAGGGUGGUGGGGGCGAGCUUGUCCUCGCGGUGUGUCCUUCACCAGGCUUCCUCUCUCCUCCUCUUCCUCCUCCUCCUCCUCCAAGCCAUGGCCCCCAAAGCACCUCCAGCUGGCGCGCCAGCUGCCGGAGGAGGCACGCUGGCUUCCGAGGAUCUGAAGAAGCGUUUCUCCGCGAAGGUCAUCUGGCGAAUCCUUGCGGCCUUUGGCGGGUCCUCCUUCAUCCUCAUGAUUGUGAUGAUAGCCAUAUACGCGAAGAUGAGCAGGGAACCCCCGGACCCCCUGGCGGUCCCCAUGCAGCACCUUCAGGGCACCAUGGCCAACUCCCUGCGGCGCCCGAAGCUCAACUAUGUGACCGCUGUCGAACUAGCAGAGGAAGUGGGACUGUUGCCAGAAAAAUUGGAGGAAACCCAGACUGUCCUCCAACAGCAGAAGGAAGUAUACAAAGCCCUCUUCAAGAGUAAAGCAAAGUCCACUGGGAGCUGGGAGAAUUUUGGGAAUAAUCUGUACUACAUUUCGCAAGGAGAGAAGUCCUGGUACGACGCCGAGAACUUCUGUGUGUCCAGAGACGCCCACUUGGCCUCCAUCUUAACCAAGGAAGAGCAGUCGUUCAUCACUUCUCACCUUGAUGAACCUGCCUGGAUUGGCCUUACAGAUGAACAUGAGGAAGGCAGCUGGGAAUGGACCGAUGGCUCCAGAUUAAUCUCACAGUACUGGUUUACUGGGAACCCUGGCGGCUUGGAGUCCUACACCAGAGCAAAGAAAGACUGUGCCUCCAUCAAUCCUUCAGCGGAUGACCACAACUGGAACAAUGCCGACUGCCACGAGCGGAAAAGAUGGGUGUGUAAGGAGAACCUAGACGCCACGUCGAGGGGCGAAAGGCAGUAACGCUGCCAA